CGUCAAUUAUUAACACAAGCGAUUCGAUAUAAUUCUUAUUUUUUUUUUCACAAAGUUUUGUUCCUGAGAGUUACAGAUGGCUAGUUUCGAACGGAAAGAUUACAAAAGCUCACAGCGUUAUUGCAAAAAUUGCUAAAAUCAACGGUAAACCUCCACCAGAUUUUAAAACGUUUUAUGAGAUGGCAUCGCAAGCAAUAAAGUUGAAAUCAACCGAGAAAAAAUAUACGAUUUUAGAUGUCAUAAAAAAUAGACGUUUACUGAGGUAUAACGUUCUAUUAUCAGUUGGAUGGCUAAGUUGUGGAUAUGGAUAUUAUGCUAUAUCGUUCGGAGUACAACAACUCUCGGGAAAUCUCUAUGUUAACUUGAUUCUCAUCAAUGCUAUGGAUAUUAUAGGAAUAGUGGUGUGGUAUCUCGCAAACUGCCUUGGCAGGAAAUGGACAACUUUUAUGUUAUUUCUGAUUGGUGGAUCAAUGGGCAUUGUUGUUGGAAUAAUUCAGUUCAUAGACCUAUCAGAUAAAGACGAGUUGGUUAAUGGCUUUGCAUUAGCAUCAAAACUUUGUGUGUCAUCAGGAUGGUCUGCACUCAUGAUUUUGACCUCUGAACUAUACCCAACUGUAGUAAGAAACAUAGGAUAUGGCAUUAACAACGCCGUGGCAAGAUUGGGUGCUAUGGUGGCACCACAGUUAGUAUUUGCGAGUGAGAAGAUUGAUGGUCUAUCAUAUUUAUCGUUUGCUGGAAUGAUGUUUUUGUCCGCCAUACUAGUGGUCACUUUACCUGAAACAAACAAAACAGCAUUGAAGGACACUAUGGACAUCACUUUAAGUCAGAAAAAGUCAGAUAAACAAAGUAUAACGAAUCCCGGAUACGAGAAAGAGGAUUAUGAAACAAUAGAUUAA